CCGGCGCAAAGUGGGUCAAAAGGCGGCGUGCAGUAUGAUGCAUGCCCAACGGCACUCUACCUCUAGUCUUCUACCGUGAGUACCGAGACCUAUGCUAGCUCUGGUCGGUCGACAUGAAGCCGACUCGCGGGGGCGCGCUGUAUGCGGCCGUGGGAGGCGUCUCCACGGCCCUGGCGGCCACAAAGGUCCUGUACCCUUCCCUUUGGCAGGACCUGCGCUACCUAUGGAUAUCAAAUCGCGCCUCCAAACGGAUAUCCAAGUAUCUCUCCGUCGAACCUCCGAUCACCAUAGUGGACCGCUUCCUGCACCAGGUGCAGCUCCAGCCCGACAAGCCCUUCCUCCUGUUCGAGAAUGAAGUCUACACCUACAAGGACAUGGACGUCAUGUCCAACAAGGUGGCCAACUACUUCCGGGGGGAGGGGUACAGGUGCGGGGACACCGUCGCCAUGUUGAUCUCCAACGAGCCGGCCUUCAUCUGGACCUUCCUCGGACUGGCCAAGUUGGGGGUGAAGAUGGCGUUCCUCAACACCAACCUGAGGACCAGGGCGCUGCUGCACUGCUUCAACGUGGCGGAGGCAAAGGCUCUCAUUGUGGGACAAGGACCUGGUUUACUUGAGGCAACCCUGACUAUUCUGCCGCAUCUGCAAGAACAAGGUGUAACAAUCUGGCUGCAGGGAGACGCACAUCCCCCAGAAGGCAUCCUACCAUUGGACGGAAAGAUUGAGACUUCGUCAGCUCAGCCAAUCCCGUUCAAGCUGAGAUCGUCCGUUUCGGGAAAUGAUGCUCUUGCCUACAUCAACACCUCAGGCACCACUGGUCUGCCUAAAGCUGCGAUCUACAGCUACGAGAAGGCGACCAAGGCGUCCUUCAUGUUCAGUUUUGCAGGGAUCCGUUCCAGUGACGUGGUGUAUGUCGUCACGCCUCUGUACCACUCAAGCGCCUUCGGCGUGGGAUUCACAAGUGUCGUGGAACACGGUGCCACCAUGGCUUUGGCUAAGAAGUUCUCUGCGAGUCACUAUUGGGACGACUGUCGGAAACACAACGCAACCCUGAUCCUGUACAUCGGAGAGAUGCUGCGGUAUCUAUGCGUGCAGCCGAAGCGUUCGAACGACAGAGACCACAAGGUUCGCGCGGCGUUGGGAAACGGUCUGGCGUCGGACGUGUGGCAGGACUUCCAGGAUAGGUUCGGCAUCGGGCGGAUCGUGGAGUUCUACGGCGCCACGGAGAGCAACAUCCGGCUGAUGAACAUCACCGGCAAGGCGGGGUCUGUGGGCAUGAUCUCCCCUUUGAUACAGAACACUUCCGCGUGUCCCCUGUACAUUUUAAAGGUGGAUCUGGAAACGGGACAACCAAUCAGAGAUGACCAUGGCUUCUGCGUCAAAGCGCAAACCGGAGAACCAGGCCUGAUGAUCUGCCCCAUCAGCAAAGCAGUCCCUUUCCAGGGAUACAAGGGAAACAAGGACCUGACGGAGAAGAAGGUCCUGCGUGACGUCUUCAGGAAGGGCGACGUGUACUUUGACACCGGAGACCUGAUGAAGGUUGACAAGGACUACCACGUGUACUUUGUCGACAGGCUUGGCGACACAUUUAGGUGGAAAAGUGAAAACGUGGCCACCACGGAAGUCGCUCAGGUGUUAUAUGACAUGCAGGGCGUCGACGAGGUCAACGUGUACGGCGUGAAAGUACCAGGUGCGGACGGAAGAGCAGGGAUGGCCGCCAUCGUGGUGUCCGCCGGUACGCCCGUAGACCUUACCCGCUGGUACGCUCACAUCGCGUCCCGCCUGCCCAGCUACGCCAGGCCGCUGUUCCUCCGGCUGACCACGGAGAUCAGCGUCACCAGAACGCUCAAGCAGCAGAAGAUGCAGCUGGUCAAGGAGGGAUUCGACCCGACUCUGAUCAGAGACCCGCUUUAUCUCAGAGACGACGCUCAAAAGACUUACGUUCCUCUAGACCUGGAUCUGUACCGGAGGAUUGCUCUGGGGAAGGCCAAGUUGUGACCACCGCAAUAAAUUCUAUCUUUAAGCACACCUUAAAGUAUGCGUAAAUUAAAGAUGUAUCUUGUGAUUUUAUAUGUAUUACAUGUUUAAACUACAACGAUGCUCAAAAGACGUACGUAAUACGUUCCUCUAGACCUAGAU